AUGUACCUCUUUGGUGCUGGGAUCCAGAUAAGGCUUUUGGUCUGCUUGAUGAGAUGGUCAAGAGGGGAUGUAAACCAAAUAUUCACACAUUCAGUAUUGAUAGAUAGGCAAUGGAGAGAAGGUAGGAUUGGGGAGGCUAAUGGAAUGCUCAGAAAAAUGUUAGAUGAUGGAUUGGUUCUUGGCACAACAACUUAUAAUGCACUGAUUAAUGGUUACUGCAAAGAAGGAAAAGUAGUUUCUGCUUUUGAGCUUUUUGGCAUGAUGGAAAGGAGGAAUUGCAAGCCCAAUAUCCGUACAUUCAAUGAGCUUAUAGAAGGGUUAUGUAAACCCAAUAAACCUCACAAAGCAAUGGAACUUUUGAGAAGGAUAGUCGACAAUAAGCUAUGGUCUGAUGAAGUAACCUACAAUAUUCUGGUUGAUGGGUUUAGCAGGGCAGGCCAACUUGAUAUGGCUUUCAGAGUAUUUAAUUUAAUGAACUCCAUUAGCCUUGAACCUGAUGGUUUUACUUACACUACAUUAAUUGAUGGUAAAGAAGGGAAUAUUCUCAGAUGA